GAUGAUAAAUUUCCUUCAGUACGUUUAACCAAUUUCGAAAAUGUGAAUUAUUAUGGCUCUAUAAAAAUUGGAACUCCACAACAAGAACUUAAAGUUGUGUUUGAUACUGGUUCCGCAAAUUUUUGGCUAUUUUCCAAAAAGUGCACAAUCCUUGCUUGUUCAAAACGUCAUCGAUAUGAUAGUAUGGAUUCCUACACGUAUAUAUCAAAUAAUACUGAUAUUUAUAUAGGAUACAACGAUUAUAAUGUAAAUGGAUUUCUAUCUACUGAUACAGUGAAUAUUGCUAACCUCAAUGUAAAGAAUCAAACAUUUGCAGAAGUGGUAAACGUAUCAGAUGUAAAUAUAAUAUUAAAGUACCAUGUAAAUAAUUUAUAUAUAAAUAUACUUGAACGAAGAUUUGAUGGUUUCUUAGGCCUGAGUUAUUCCGAUAUAUCUCAGGAUGGAAUAACUCCUGUCUUCGACAACAUGAUUCAACAAGGCCUAGUGUCAUCACGCAUUUUCAGUUUUUAUCUAAAUAGGGAUUAUCUCAGGCGGCCGCGUAUAAAUAAACCCAAAUUGCAAAGAGUUCCUUUAGAUUAUAAUUCUACAUCAGUAUGUUUGACCAACGUCGAAAACGUGAUUUAUUAUAGCACUAUUAGCAUUGGAACUUCACAGCAAAAAUUUAAAGUUGUAUUUGAUACCAAUUCCUUAUAUACUAAGAUAAUUACUAAAAAGUCCAAAAAUUCUGUUGCUUCGGCACGUAGUCAAUAUAAUACGUCUUCCAACUCAUAUAUACCAAAUAACACAUCAUUUAAUGUACAAUUCCUCGAUUGCAAUGUAACAGGAUUCCUAUCUACUGAUACAGAGAAUGUUACCAACAUCAAUGUAGAGAAGCAAACAUUUGUAGAAGUGGCAAACAUAUCAGACGAACAUAUAUUUAAUUUGUACUUAAAUAUACCUAACCAAAAAUAUGGUGUUAUUGGCCUGAGUUAUUACCAGAUAUACGGUGGAAUAAGGACUCUCUUCGACUACAUGAUUCAACAAAGACUAGUGUCAUCACGUAUUUUCAGUUUUAAUCUAAAUAGAAACGUUUCAGCCGAUUUAGGUGGUAAAUUUAUAUUCGGUGGUUCCGAUCCUGCUUAUUACGAAGGAAAAUUUACAUAUGUUCCUGUUACUCACAGAGGAAUAUGGCAAAUUACCAUUGAUAGUAUCCGACUAAAUAAUUUUACUUGGUGCGAGAAAAGCUGCCAAGCAAAUGUUGACACAAGUACUUGGAAAAUAAUUGGACCAGAAAAGGAUGUUUCACUUAUUAAUCGACUAAUUGAAAUUAAUUCACAUGGAAGUAUAAACUGCAGUAGAAUUUUUCAUUUACCUACAAUCACGUUUAAUUUGGGUGGUAAAGCGUUCGAUCUUACCGGUAAAGAUUAUAUCAUUCGGCAUCCAGAUGAUAAAAGUAUAUGUGUAACCGUCUUCUGGAAACACGACCUAAUAUACGACGAUAAAAUGAAAUGGAUUCUGGGCAUACCAUUUAUGGGUCGUUACUACACCGAAUUUGAUAUGGAGAAAAACCGAGUGGGAUUUGCUUUUGCGAAAAAUGUAUAGAAUUUAUCAAAAUGUAUAAAAAAUC